AUUGCAAAGAUAGGCUUUGGGUGCAUUUCCUCGACUUUUGUGGUGCCGAAUUGUUUCGCGCAGGGUAUACCUGCUGAGGACCGCUGGGCAGGGAUUACCGGCGGCUGGGCGGGGGAGGGGCGGGCGGCGCGCGGCGACCUGUCAGUCAUACAAUGGGACCAGCUCCGGGACCCCAAUAGAGUGCAAUUGUCUGCAAUAAGACCAACUGUACGGGCCUAACAGCUACCAGAAAUAUUGGAGUUUGAAUAAAAUUAGGUCCGGCAUCAUAUUACUGAGGUUGCGCCGUUUACAAUGAUAUAAGGGUUCACAGCACUAUCUUUAAAAGUAGAAUUGAACUUCGGCAUUUGAACUAAUAUUUGAACUCUCCUCGGGAGCGUAUCACUCGGAUCAGUAAUUUUACCUUUGCAUGUGAUAGAAGAAAGAUGCCCGGAGGUGCAAUGCCCAAUUUGAUCAAUAUUAAAAAAUAAUAAAGUGUUCAAAGACUUGUUCAAAAAGUGCUUACUUUCCUCUUACAUAAAAGGGGGGAUUGUUUGGCGGUUUUUAUAUUGUGAACACCCUAUGCACCCGCGCGGUUCCCUUCUCUUUCCACUGAUACUUUUAUUUUUUCUCUACGAUGAAAAUUGUAGAAAUUAGAGUUCGAAUAAGUAGAUGUGGCAAUUUGAAUAGUCCUCAUUUCCUCGCUCACUCGUCGGCUGGAGCCAGCCUUCGCUGCGCUGGCUUCUCUCGCAGGAGCUCUCCGGGCCCGUGCGGCAGCCGGCCAUACCGGACCCCUCCGGGCCACUCCGCAACGCUGCCGAAAGGACAGCGGCUCGGCCACGGCAUUGUUUGGCCUCAGCUGUCGUAAACCCAUCACUUCGACACGUCCGUCGGCUAUCCUCCUGACGUAGUACCGCACCCUGCCACCCGCGCCACCAGGCGGCCCCCGCCAGACUGACCGCGAGUUUUAAAUGCGACAAAGUGACACCAAAAAAGGCUCUACGUAUUCGAACUCUCGUUUGAACAGUUUUUGUCGCAGGACAAAAGUAACGAUAUCUGUGGAUAGGGGAAAGACGCCCGCAGGUGCAAUAGUAUAUGGGAGGAGACAAAAGUCUAACCAUCUUUAUUUUUUUGGAAAACGAAAAGUAUGCACUUUUUGAACGGGGUUUUGAACACUUUAUUCGUUUUGGACGUCGAUGGGAUUGGCCAUUGCACCUCUGGGCAUCCUUCCUCUAUCACAUGGAAACGUAAAAUUACUGAUCCGAGCGAUACGCUCUCUUGGAGAGUUCGAGAAAAAGGCCGUGUUUUAACAAUUUUAACGUUAAAUAUCUCAGCUUGUAUUUGAGCCAGCGAGCCCAAAUUUUAUAUUUAGAGUCAGGACGUGGUACCGAAUGGCCACGUAAAAUUUCAUAAAAAUCGGACAACUUUUAUUUACGAAAGGUCCCCCCUUAAGGCGCGCAGUAUUGCGCAUAUUGCGUCAUGCCGCCAUUCUGCAAGUUCGACAACCGCAGGUUUUGACCGAAGACGCUUCAGGCGACGCCUUAACUACCAUUUUAUUGUAAUGUUUCUCCCGUGCGUAAUCGAGCACCUUCCUGGAAAUCCCCGCCUGCGCCCCCCUCCCCCUUCCUGUCCCCUAGCUCCAUGCAGUCUCGCCGGCACGGCGCGGCCCCGCGGCCGGCCCGGGCGCGCGUUAGUCUUGGGUACGAUGUCUGCCGAUUCGGUCGCGCUGCUGGUGCUGGUCCUGGCCCCGCUGUGGACGACCGCGGCCCCGGCGGCCCCGACGGCCCCCGCGGCGGCACCCGUGCAGCUGCCGCCCUACCCGUGGUACUUGAGGAAGCUCAUCCGCGCGGUAGAGGGGCCUGCCACGCCCGAAGCUACCAAGGGCGACUACCAGCUGAUCACGAACCUGCCCACCGUGGAGGAAGUGCCGGCACCGCCCGACCACCUGCUGGCCAACCUCCUCCUGCCGCAGCCCGAGGUGUGCCCGGGCUGCGCGCCCGGCACGGUGCCGCAGCCGGCCGACGCGGGGCACGUCAACAGCCUCGUCAACAAGAUCACGCUGCGAGGCACCCCGGGAGAGUCACCUGGGGCGGCGGCCGGCGGUCCUGGCCCCAGGGCGCUGCCGGGCCAGUUCCCGUGGCACGUCAGCCUGCUGUACAGGGGCCUAUACUACUCGUGCAGCGGGGCGCUCGUGUCGGAUGAGUGGGUGCUCACCGCCGCCAACUGCGCGCACGGGUACGACUCCAUCGUGGUGAGGAUGGGGUCCUACCGGCCCACCGCGGAGCAGGAGCGCUUCCGCCAGACGAUGACGUGCACGCACAUCGUCGUGCACCCGGGCUACCGGCGUGGCAUCCACAAGGACGACAUCGCGGCCAUCAAACUGCCCGUCCGCGUGAAGCUGAACGGCUUUUUGCUCCCCGUUCGGCUGCCGAGCCGCAACAGCUUCAGCACGACAUACGCCAACAGGGACGCGUGGCUCAGCGGCUGGGGCGUCAUGUCCGGCCUUGGUACAUUUCGCAACGCCACCGCCGUUCUGGGCUACGCGGCGGAGACGGUUCUCCCGAACGAGAAGUGCGCCGAGAAGUACAGCAACGUGACCACGUCGUCCAUCCUAUGCUCCACCACGACAGGCUUCGGCCCCGGCUGCAUGGGGGACUCGGGUGCGCCGCUCGUGGUCAAUGAGGGAGGCACUUUCGUUCAUAUCGGCAUCCUAUCGUUCUUGUCGGCGGCCGGCUGCACGCAGGGCCACCCCGCCGGCUACACGAGGGUCACGUCCUACCUCAGGUGGAUCCAGAACGCCACUGGGAUCGCACCCGGCCCUGACAUCGACUACUAGGCCUACAGGCGGAGGCGUAGACUGAUACUGUGUGUGAAGCGUGUGAGACUGUAUGCAUGACUGUGAUAUAUUUAUUUUGUUAUCUAGCUCGGUGAAAAUAAAUAAAUACAAUGUGUUACAAAGU